AUGUUCACUGUUCAGGAGUCUUUUCAACUGGAAAACCCUCUCAUCCAACACUCAUCCGAAAUGGUUAUAGCAGAAGCACCCCAGAACGGUUCGUUAUCGGAUUCAGCAAGUGACGAAACCAGCCGAGAUGAAGGGGAUUUCGACCACAAUCUGUACUCGAGACAAUUAUACACUCUUGGUGAAUCGGCGAUGAAAAACCUUCGAAAGUCCUCAGUGCUAAUCUCAGGAAUCGGUUCGGUUGGAGUUGAGAUUGCAAAGAACCUCAUAUUGGGUGGUGUUCGUCAUGUUACACUUCAUGAUGUGAACACAUGUAAAUGGAUUGAUCUCAGUGCCCAGUUAGUUGUAUUAACUGAUGCGCCACUAUCGUUGCAACUACAAGUGAAUAGAUGGACUCGAGCGCAUGGCAAAUACUUUUUGAGCGCCGAUGCGAGGGGACUAUUUGCAUAUAUUUUUACGGAUUUGGGCGAUAAUUUUGUUGUGAAUGAUAAAAAUGGAGAGCAAUGCAGAGAAGUUAGUUGUCGUUAUUCAAAGUUAAUUUUAUGGCUUUGGUUUAUUUGGUUCAUUUUUGAGGUGUUCAUUGAGCAUGUGGAUCGUGAGACGGGUGACGUUACAACACUCGAAGGUGCCUUACAUGGGUUUGAUGAUGACACUUAUGUGACAUUCUCAGAAGUUAAGGGAAUGACCGAGCUGAACGGAAUCAGACCUGUUAAAGUGACAGUCAAAAGUAAGUUGGUGAUCUGUCGAAAAGCCGAUGUAUUCAACAUUGGUACAGUGGCAGCGAAUUUUUCCAAGUAUUUAGAAGGUGGUCGUGCGUCACAAGUGAAAAUGCCUUCACAUAUGAGAUAUAAAGAUUUGCAAGAGUCACUCAAAGAUCCAGACAUUCUCAUUUGGGAUUACGCAAAAUUCAAUCAUCCUAGCCAACUUCAUCAGUUGUGGCAAGCGCUCUAUGCAUUUGAAGAAAAAUUUGGUCGUCAUCCUGAACCACGCAACGAUGGGGAUGUUAAUUUACUGAAGACUUACCUGGUUGAUGACUCCGCUGAUAUUGACGAAGACCUUCUGAAGGCUUUCUGCUAUCAGGCAGCCGGCAAUCUGGUGACCAUAGCAUCGGUGAUUGGUGGUAUAGCUGCACAGGAAGCCAUGAAAGCUGUGACACAUCAUAUGACACCUCUGAAGCAGUAUCUGUAUAUUGACUGCUUGGAAGCGUUGCCUGGCGAUUGGUCACCGUUUAACAGUGCCCUCCUUACACACGAAGACUGUAAACCUCGUUAUAAUCGUUACGAUGGACAAGUUGCAGUGUUUGGACAGGCCUAUCAAGAGGCAUUGAUGCAACAGAAACUGUUCAUUGUUGGNUGUGUUUUUAUAUUCUGUGAUUAUAUUAUUACUUUUGAACGUGCAAUUGGCUGUGAAUUGUUGAAGAAUUUGGCGAUGAUGGGAGUGGCGUGUGGUCCAAACGGGAAACUAACGAUAACGGAUAUGGAUCAGAUCGAAAUUAGUAAUUUGAAUCGACAGUUCCUUUUCCGGAGGUGUAAUGUUGGAGGAAAAAAAUCUGAGGUGGCAGCGAAAGCUGUGAAAAACUUUAAUCCGAAUCUGCAAAUUGAGGCCUUAUCAGAGAAAGUUGGUCCUGAGACGGAGCAUAUCUUCAAUGAUAGUUUCUUCGAGAGCCUCAAUGGUGUGCUGAACGCAUUGGACAAUCUUGAAGCAAGGCGAUACAUGGAUCGGCGUUGUGUUUAUUAUCGAUUACCGUUGUUGGAAUCUGGUACAAUGGGAUCGAAAGGGAACACUCAAGUUAUCUAUCCGUAUCUCACUGAAUCGUACGGAUCGUCAAGUGAUCCACCGGAAAAAGAUUUUCCGCAGUGUACGGUCAAGAAUUUCCCCAACGAUAUUCCACAUACGAUUCAGUGGGCUCGGGAGUUGUUCGAAGGUCUCUUCUCGAAUCCGUCCGAAACCGUUAAUCAAUUUCUAUCGGAUCGACGCUCUUUCUUCGAUCGACUCGAGCAAAUGAAUAUUGGGCAAAGGAUUCAGUUACUAAGUGAAGUAAAACGAGCAUUAAUAGAUGAAAAACCUGAAAGUGCAAAGGAUUGCAUAGUGUGGGCACGACAUCUCUUUCAAACACAUUAUCAUAAUGAUAUCGCCCAAUUGCUCUACCUUUUCCCAGCCGACAAGCAGUUGGACUCUGGAACGAGAUUUUGGUCACCACCAAAGAGAUGUCCUCAUUUGUUGAGCUUCGAUGCCAAUAAAGAGGAGCAUUUCAAUUUUGUUUGGGCUGCGUCCAUUUUACAUGCACAACAGUACAAUAUUGAGCCGAUUUUGGAUCAGGACAAGUUUUUGGAAAUCAUUGAGAAGGUGACUGUGGAACCAUUCAAGCCGAGGGAUGGCAUCCGUAUUGCUACGAGCGAAGCGGAAGCAUCAGAGACUGGGCAAAACAACGGACUUGAUGAUGAUUCGGAUGUGCAAAUCGCUCAGCUCAAACAAGAACUGAACGAAAUGCCGACCAAUUCGAUACGCCCACUAACGGCGAUUGAUUUUGAAAAAGACGAUGAUACGAAUCACCAUAUUGAGUUCAUAACGGCUGCAUCGAAUCUGAGGGCUGAGAACUACGACAUUCCCCAGGCUGAUCGAAUGAAGACGAAACAAAUUGCUGGUCGUAUAAUUCCCGCAAUAGCCACCACGACAGCAGCCGUAGCAGGCUUGGUCACAGUUGAAUUUUAUAAAAUGAUUGGUGAAGGGGACUCGAGCACAUUGCCUCGAACGCCUUUAGAUCGUUUCAAGAAUAGUUUCUUGAAUCUGGCUUUGCCGUUCUUUGGAUUGUCCGAACCGAUUGCAGCAGCGAAGAAAAAAUACAAUGGUCGACAGUUUACAUUGUGGGAUAGUCUUGAGAUACGAGGGCCAAAAACACUGCAAGAGGUGGUCGACUGGAUUCAGAACGAAACGAAACUGGAGAUUUCGAUGUUGUCUUGUGGUGUAUCAUUGAUAUAUAGUUUCUUUAUGAAUCCGAAGAAGCGAGAGGAACGUCUUCAACAAGAUGUGAAAACAGUGGUCGAAGAGAUAACGAAUAAGAAGAUGCCAGAAUAUUGUCAUUGUUUGGUGUUGGAGGUGAUGGCAACGGAUUCGGACGAUGAGGAUGUCGAAAUCCCAGAUGUCAGAUAUCGUUUCUGA